GGCGGGGGGGGGGGGGGGGCGCCCUCGCCCAGCUCUGCUCAGCUCCGCCUCCGCGCGGAACGCGGGAGCAACGGUGUGGGAUGGCCUUGGAUUUCGUCUUUUCUUUUCUUUUUUUUUGCUUUUUGGGUCCCACCCGGCGAUGCUCAGGGGUCACUACUGGCUCUGCACUCAGGAAUUACCCCUGGCGGUGCUGGGGGACCCUAUGGGAUGCUGGGAAUCGAACCCGGGUCGGCCGCGUGCAAGGCAAACGCCCUCCCCGCCGUGGAUCGCUCCGGCCCCGGAUCUCGUCUUUGACAUCUCUGACCUCUGCGUGGACGGGCCUCCGCCAACGUCCACGUCGCUGGGUCAGGGGAAGCUGGGACUGGGGGUGCCCGGAGCGGAGGGCCCGCAAACAGUGAAUUUUCAAGUGCGCUUGACGCGCUGCCCCGCGGAGGGGCUCGGGUCGUAAGGGGCCGGCGCCCAGGACGGACAGCCGCGGGGUCGCGAACAGCGGACAGCGACGCGGCCCCGAGGCCUGGACUACAGUUCCCGGCAUGCCCCGCUCCCCGGAAGCCCGACCGCGGCAUCCGGGGCGGGCGCUCCCGACGUGCCCCGCGGCGGACGCCGAACGCCGGAUUUGAAUGUCGGCGGCGGACAGUGGCCGCGCCAUGGGCGCCCCGUCGCUGCCCCCGGCCUGGCAGCUCUACCUCAAGGACCACCGCAUCGCCACGUUCAAGAACUGGCCGUUCCUGGAGGGCUGCGCCUGCACCCCCGAGCGGAUGGCCGCGGCCGGCUUCAUCCACUGCCCCACCGAGAACGAGCCCGACCUGGCGCAGUGUUUCUUCUGCUUCAAGGAGCUGGAAGGCUGGGAGCCGGACGACGACCCCGUAGAGGAGCAUAAGAAGCACUCGGCCGGCUGCGCUUUCCUGUGCGUCAAGAAGCAGUUUGAGGACUUGACCCUCAGCGAGUUCCUGAAACUGGACAAAGAAAGAGCCAAGAACAAAAUUGUCAAGGAGACCAGCACCAAGCAGAAGGAGUUUGAAGAAACGGCCCAGAAAGUGCGCUGCGCCAUCGAGCAGCUGGCCGCCUCCGACUGACCCGGCCCACCCGACCCCAGACCCCAGACCCCAGCCCGUGGGGGCGAGAACAGUUGGACACGAGCGUGUUUCCUGCGCGUUGCCCGUGGCUGGGCCGCGUGACCCUGGCCGUCCCCACACUGGGCCGGCAGCUGG